AAAUUGUCAUACUGUUAAUCUGUCAAGCUCAAGUUCGGUGAAUCGGUGAUAGUGAGUGAAACAAAUGAAAAUAUCCCAAAAGAUAUUUUAAUCCGAUUUCAUCUUGAAUUUCAUUGUGUUUGAUUAAAUAAAUAAGUUUAUAAUCAUGGCUCCGAAAGCUGGUGGUGAUUCUGCUAAAGUUAAUUCAGCGGUAUAUAAAGAUAAAAGCAAACCAACUGAUAUACGGCUGAGUAACAUAGGCGCCGCUAAAGCUGUGUCUGAUGCUAUUCGUACGAGCUUGGGCCCUCGUGGUAUGGAUAAAAUGAUCCAAAGCAGCAAUGGUGAGGUAACUAUUACCAAUGAUGGUGCCACUAUUUUGAAGCAAAUGAGUGUGAUUCACCCAGCUGCUAAAAUGUUGGUGGAGUUAUCCCGUGCCCAAGACAUUGAAGCUGGUGAUGGCACUACAUCAGUAGUAGUGAUUGCUGGUGCUCUGCUUGAUGCUGCUGAGAAACUGCUUCAGAAAGGAAUUCACCCAACUGUCAUCUCUGAUGGUUUCCAGAAGGCAUUACAAAUGGCUUUACAGGUGGUUGAAAACAUGGCUACUCCAGUGGACUUGUCAAAUGAAGAUGCUUUACUGAAGGCAGCUGCAACAUCUCUCAACUCUAAAGUUGUUUCACAACAUUCAACAAUUCUAGCUCCUAUUGCUGUUCAGGCUAUUCGGGCAGUUAUGGAACCAAUAGUUGGUGGUGUGGGUGCACGAGUCGAUUUGCGAGACGUCAAAGUUAUUGAGCGCAUUGGAGGAACAGUGGAAGACACUGAAUUGGUUCAAGGGCUGGUAAUCCCACAUCGUGCCUCGAAUGUCAAUGGCCCACAUAGAAUUGAGAAAGCCAAAGUUGGACUCAUCCAGUUCUGCAUUUCUCCACCAAAAACAGAUAUGGACCACAAUGUCAUUGUGUCUGAUUAUGCUGCAAUGGACCGUGUCUUGAAGGAAGAACGUCAGUACAUCUUGAAUAUUGUUAAGCAAAUUAAAAAAGCAGGUUGCAAUGUCCUUUUGGUGCAAAAAUCUAUUUUACGUGAUGCUUUGAGUGAUUUGGCUAUUCAUUUCUUGGAUAAAAUUAAGACAAUGGUAAUUAAGGACAUUGAACGUGAGGAUAUAGAAUUUGUAUGCAAAACUCUAGGGUGCAGACCAAUUGCUUCUCUGGACCAUUUUACAGCUGAAAAUCUCGUUAAUGUUGAUUUGGUUGAAGAGGUCAAUGAGCCUGCUGGUAAAUAUAUCAAAAUGAGUGGAUGCUCUGCUGGUGGACGUACCGUAUCAGUGCUUGUGCGCGGAUCUAGUGGUGCCGUUGUGGCUGAAGCCGCGCGGUCUCUGCAUGAUGCGCUGUGUGCCGUGCGCUGCGUGGCACGUCGCCCCGCGCUAGUGGCCGGCGGGGGCGCACCCGAGGCGGCCGCGGCUGCAGCACUAGCACGUGCUGCGCUGACCGCACCAGGCGCAGAUCAUUAUUGUCUUCGCGCCUAUGCCGAUGCUCUCGAAGUUGUGCCCUCCACGCUUGCAGAGAAUGCUGGGCUGAAUCCGAUUGAGACGGUAACGGAACUGCGCGCGGCCCACGCUGGUGGUGCGGAGAGCGGUGCAGGAUCAAACGCUGGUGUCAACGUGCGGCGCGGUCGCGUCACAGACAUGCGCCAGGAGCAUGUACUGCAACCACUUCACGUCACCGCCUCUGCUUUAGCGCUGUCCACUGAAACUGUGCGCGCUAUACUCAAGAUUGACGAUAUUGUAAACACAUUAAAUUAGGAGCAAGAAGCUUACUCUUUAUGUUUAUUUUAGUGUUUUACAUAGUGUUAUUGAAUAAUUUCAGCAUUUAAAACUAAUGAUACUAAAGAGUUUAGUAUAAUAAUUAUUUUAAACACUGUCUUCUUUACCAAUAAAUGCGGUAUAUGAACAAAAAUAUCUAUUCUGUUUACAACCAACUAAAAAUUAAUGUUGUUGUAUUAAAAGAUAAAUUGUUUACUAUUGAUUUGUAAUAAUUGGUUAUCAAGAGAGUGCAACUCUAUCCGCACCGACCGACCACAACAUGAAUAUAGUUUCACUAUUACUGUAAUCAAUAAAUUGUAAUAAGUGCACUUAAAAUUCAUCUUAUGUCAUUUGUUUAAUAAAUAUUAGUUUUACGAUACACAUUUGAACUUUUAUCUUGUUAACCAGAUAUACACAACGCUUAUGUUAUAAACCAUGGAAUAACUGUUUCUUUUCGCUUAAAAAUAAUUUGAGUAUUAUUACCUAUAUGAAUAUUUAUUUCUUAAUAAACCAAUAUUAACGAGAACUUUCAA